GAGGCCUCGGCAGCAGACAGGGUUCGGGUGGCUCCCGGCUGUCUGCCCACGAUGGAGUUCCUCCUGGGGAACCCGUUCAGUACCCCGGUGGGGCAGUGCCUCGAAAAGGCAACAGAUGGCUCCCUGCAGAGUGAGGACUGGACGUUGAACAUGGAGAUCUGCGACAUCAUCAACGAGACGGAGGAAGGGCCCAAGGAUGCUAUCCGAGCCCUGAAGAAGCGGCUCAAUGGGAACCGGAACUACAGAGAAGUGAUGCUGGCAUUAACUGUGCUGGAAACCUGUGUGAAGAACUGUGGCCACCGCUUCCACAUCCUUGUGGCAAACCGUGAUUUCAUCGACAGUGUUCUGGUCAAAAUCAUCUCUCCCAAGAACAACCCUCCCACCAUUGUACAGGACAAAGUGCUUGCUCUGAUCCAGGCUUGGGCAGAUGCCUUCCGGAGCAGCCCAGACCUCACGGGCGUUGUGCACAUAUACGAGGAGCUGAAGAGAAAAGGGGUCGAGUUUCCCAUGGCAGAAUUGGACGCUCUGUCUCCAAUACACACACCACAGCGGAGCAUCCCUGAAGUGGAUCCAGCCGCCACCAUGCCCAAGCCCCAGUCCCAGCCAAGGACGACUGCUGGCCCCUACUCCUCGCCUCCUGCUCCUUCCUCCGCUCCGCAGGCCCCACCACUGAGCGUGACUGGCCCCAUCACAGCCAACUCAGAACAGAUUGCCAGGCUGCGGAGCGAACUAGACGUGGUCCGAGGAAACACAAAAGUCAUGUCGGAGAUGCUAACAGAAAUGGUCCCGGGGCAGGAGGACUCCUCUGAUCUGGAAUUGCUUCAGGAGCUGAACAGGACGUGCCGGGCCAUGCAGCAGCGCAUCGUGGAGCUCAUCUCCCGAGUGUCCAAUGAGGAGGUCACGGAGGAGCUGCUGCACGUGAACGACGACCUCAACAACGUCUUCCUGCGCUAUGAGAGGUUUGAACGAUACAGGUCAGGUCUCUCCGGACAAAAGGCCACUAAUGGAGUACUGAGUGAGGUGACCGAAGACAACCUGAUCGACCUGGGCCCCGGCUCUCCGGCUGUGGUCAGCCCCAUGGUGGGGAACACGGCGCCACCGGGCACGCUCUCCUCCCAGCUGGCAGGCUUGGACUUGGGGACCGACAGUGUCAGUGGCACCCUCAGCUCACUCCAGCAGUGUCACCCCCGUGACGGCUUCGACAUGUUUGCCCAGACGAGAGGGAAUUCCUUGGCUGAACAACACAAAAUGGUGACCUACGAGGAUCCACAGGCAGCCAGGGGACUGGCUUCGUCACUAGACAGUCGGAAGCAGAGCUCCGAAGCGCAGAGAGGUAAAGGUGUGGACUUUGACCUGGAGCCUAUAGACACCUGGCUAAUAACCCAAGGAAUGAUCCCCGUUGUGCAGUCCUCGGUCAUGGACGACAUUGAGGUGUGGCUCAGGACGGACCUGAAAGGUGACGACCCGGAGGAAGGGGUCACGAGUGAAGAAUUUGAUAAGUUCCUCGAAGAGCGAGCCAAAGCUGCUGAGAUGGUCCCUAACCUCCCCUCCCCUCCGGCGGAGGCCCCCGCCCCAGCCUCGGCCCCUUCGGGCCGGAAGAAGCCUGAGCGGUCUGAGGACGCCCUCUUCGCCCUGUGAGCUGCUGUUAGGGUGUGCCUCUCCAGAGACCCCGGCAGCCAGUGUCCGGUCACGUCCAGGCACCGGCCCCUCCUCCCAGGCCCACUCCUGUGUCUCCAUGGAAACGCCACUGUGUUUGCUCCCAGAUCCCCACUCAUCAGGACCAACUUGCACCAUCUUCAUUUGGGGUGGGGGGCAGCGUGGGGAGGGGGCAGCCCCUUGGCUCACCACACUCCCUCAAGGCCGCUCCAGAUGGGCAGCCUUUGGGCGCUGUGUCUAGAGGAGGCUCUGGCUCCCCCACUGUGUCCAGCUAUGAGCUGCUGCUCUGGGGGAGCCAGGCCUGCGGGCAUGCCCAGUCCGGGCUCCCUGCUCCAGCUGCUGUUCCCUGACAGAUGUCACUCGCAGCACCUGGUGUGCCAGCACUUUAGAAGGUUCUGUGGGGGUCCCCGCAAGGGACCUCUCACCUUCUGGACCACAUCUCUGUCGCUGAGCUGCUUGCUCAGGCUUUAGGCCCUGCCCGAGUUGACUCCUGCAGGCUCCUGGCAUGGGAGCGGUUCAAGGGGGCUACCAGGGCCGCCCCAUCCCCUGGGCAUGGCCAUGCAGCACGCUGCCUAGUGCCUGCAGAGAUCAUUCGAAACACUACUAGCCAGACGCAGCCUGUACCCUCACAGCAUCACGCAGGGGUCCCUCUCCGGAGGGAUUUGUUUGGGAAGGCUUCCGGCACUGUUGUGUGCCCAGCCUGGGGCAGCCUGUGUCCACCUGCUGCCAGAAUGGCACUGCGGCCUUGCCCUGCUCCCGAACCCCUCCCACUCCAAGUCUCCCUGCUGGCUUGGGAGGCAGCAGAGCCCAGGUCAAGCAGGCAACACCCUGCUGUCACCCCCUGUCCCCUGCCCUCCUGGCUCUUGCUGAAGGACGCGGCCGUCAGCCCUGGUCUAGCCUGAGAACACCCCCCCGCCCCCUAAUGCUGCUGUCCCCUUAUCAAGCAGCCCAGGCCACCCUGUGCCCUGACCCAUGGCAGUGUCAGCCCACCCCUUCCCCCACCACCCAUAGUGCACCAGCCCAGGCAGAGGAAGAGCUGGGGCUCGGAGCACUCAGGAUGGACCAGAGCUGAGGGGUGCUGAAAGCCCUUGGGCGCAGGCUGCUGAGCGGUUCAGCACCCAUGCCCACCCUGGCACUACUCCAGCCUCCUCUGGAGGGGCCAUCUGGUAGUACCGCAGCCCCCACACUGCCCGGACACUCCAUCCUCAUUCUCAUCAUGGGGCCCUGCCCUUUCCACCCUGGCCCGCACUGACUUCCUCCAGGGCUCUGCUUCGUGGGUGGGACGCUGGUGAGCUGGCUUGAUGCCUACUGCAGAGAGUGCUCAGGUGGCCCGUGUGCCCAGCCCUGAGCUGUCUUGAGUCUCUGCAGAGCUUGGGCGCUACCCCUUUCCUGCUCCCUCCACGGUCACUGUGGCUGCUCCAAACUGCACACCACAUUAGGAGACUCCCUGGGCCGGGCCGAGAGGAAGAGGGAGGGGAACACUUGCCCAGGGAGACUCCGCCCCCGGGGGCCACAGCGGGAUGGCAGGAAGCCACUGACCCAAGCAGAGAAGUGGCCCACUUCUGCUCGAAUGCCCAGGUCAGAGGCAGCUGCCUUGAGGCAGCCUGGGGGGACUACUUAUGGCCGGAAGCCCUCACAGGGCCCAGUGCCUUGAGGAGGAGCCGGGCAGCCUGUGUACCUUUCUGGGGUUCCCUGAGACGCGGCACCUUGGGCAUGGGGCUGCCCCAAGUCUGGCAGCAUAGACCCCAGGUAUGGGAGGGGCAGCACCCUUGCAGGAAAUCCGGACCCUCCUAAACCCCAGUUUCCACAAGUGUUAGAAAUCACAGAUACAGUAUGUACUUAAUUACACUAAAUUAUUGCUGGGAUCCUCCAUAAGCACUAAUUAUACCUGAUUAUAGGUUAAAAUAUUUAUUUUGUCAAAAUAUUUUCUUGGGGAUGUGUUUAACCUGUUCUGUGUUCCUGUGUGCCGAGAUGUGAACACUAACCCUCUCUUCUGGCCUGCCUUUCCGGCCAGUGGGCAAGCACAGUCCGACGGGCCGGUGGGCCCCACCUGGCAUGCUGGGGACUGGCAGGCAGACGGAAUGGCAUGCCAGCACAAGGGCUUGCUGCUGGCCUGGGUCAGAGGGAAAAUGAGCAUCCGACUGUCUGUGUCAGCCAGCCUUCAGUGCAAACACCCCUGCUCUCUGAGGAGAGACUAGCCAGUACUAUCUGCCCAUCCCCACCCCCACCCCACCCCAGGUCCAAUGCCAGGCAGGGCAGGGCUGGGGCCCUAUCCCCCUCUGGUGCCGCCUCCAGGCUUGGCUGGGAGAAUGGUGGUGAGGGCUCUGGGUGACCUUGGACCCCCACAGCAGACCACACGCUGCUCCCCACUGUACUCCCCCUCACUCCCACGGCCCCUUCUUCUGCUCAGGGUGCAUCAGGGUGGGCUAUGGCCAUCCAGAGUCCCUGGUCCCCACGACCCUAGAGACAGCCACCAGUGCUGUCGUGGUGGGUCUGGCUCCAGGCGUACUGGAGAGGGGGCAGCUGUGACCCCCCCAGCGACUGCACUGAACCGCAUGAGGCUUCUCGGGACCCGAGGGGCUGCUGGGGAGAGGCACGUGUGGAGCUCAUCAUCCCGAGGCCCCUGGAGCCUGGAUGUCCUGUCCCUGUCAUACAUGUCUGUGGAGGAGCCAGCCGCCCAUUGGCCCCUUUCCGGUGCCAUCUCUCUAGUUUGGGUUCUUGCAUGUAAAAUACCCCGCAAUAAAGACAAGGCAUACACUG